UAGUCGCGAAAACGUAAAGAAUGUAUAAAUUACAUGGAACGAAAGAAUGCUGCAGCGUUGGAAUGUUGAUUUGUGUAUGAAACGUUCAUAAAAGUGAAAAACGUAUAACCAGUAUCAUGUUCGUCCACUUUUCGCCGUAAUGCGUCAAUUACGUUAAUUCUUUCACGUAGCGUGUACAAUUCAUCCGCACAAGGAUUUAUACUUGAGUAACUUAACCUCUCUAAAAUACGUUGUUGAGAUUUGUAUAGAAUCCUGAAAAGAAUGGCGGUUGGAUCGACAAAGGUAGUACAGGUGACAAAUAUUGCACCUCAAGCAACAAAAGAUCAAAUGCAAACUUUGUUCGGAUACCUCGGAAAAAUAGAAGAUAUUAGAUUGUAUCCUACUAUACGGGAUGUCGCAGUACCUGUUCAGUCUCGUAUUUGCUACAUAAAAUUUCACGACCAAGGAUGUGUUGCAGUUGCUCAACAUAUGACAAACACUGUUUUUAUCGACCGUGCAUUAAUUGUGAUUCCUUACCAGAAUGGAGACAUUCCAGAUGAACAGAGAGCUCUUGAAUUAACAAAUAAUGGUACAGUUGUUCCAGGUCUUUAUCCUUCUGAGCCCAAGUUACCACCAAAUGUUGUAAAUGCAAUAGAAGGAAUCCCUCCAAAUCAUGUUAUUACCACUAUGGAUCCAAAAUUAGAGGCAAAUGGAUUACCGUCAUAUCCACAUUUACCUGGCCAUUUAGACAGCAGAAGAAUCGAAGAAAUAAGGAGAACGCUUGUUCUUGCUAAUUUAGAACCAUCUGUGACAACAGAUCAUUUACUAGAUUUCUUCAGUAAUAAUAAUGUUGAAGUAAAGUAUUUACGUAUGUGUACCAGAGAUUCAGAUACAGAACAUUAUGCAUUAGUAGAACUCUCUGAACAAGCAGCUGUAGUUUCUGCAUUAUUAUUGAAUGGAAAAUUGCUUAUGGAUAGACCAAUUAAAAUUUACCAUUCUACCCAAGCAAUAGCAAAACCUGAAGCAAAAAGUAAUGAAGCAGCACAAAAAGAAAUAGAAGAAGCAAUGUCUCGAGUAAAGGAGGCUCACAAUUUAAUUUCAGCUGCAAUAGAUCCGAUGAUUGGAAUGCUGUCGAAAGAUAAACGGAGUCGCAGUGGUUCUCGUAGCCGAAAAUCUCGGUCCAGAUCGAGAGGACGCAGUAGGCGAUCUAGAUCGCGUAAAAGAUCACGAUCCCGACACAGACGUUCACGGUCACGUCACCGGCGAAGAUCAAGAUCUCGAUCGAAACGUUCACGUUCUAAAGAUCGUAGACGAAAGUCACCAUCUCGUAGAAGAAGCAGUUCUCGUGGUCGACAUCGUUCUCGUUCCAGAUCCCGGCGUUCACGAUCUCGUAGAUCUAGAUCUAAAUCCAAAGAUCGGAAAAAGAGAUCUCCUCGUCGAAGAAGUCGAUCACGAUCUCGAAGUAAACGUUCGAAAUCAAAAUCUAGGAGAUCUAGAUCUAAAUCGAAGUCCAGAUCCUCGAAAUCGAAAUAUUCAGAAAAAUCGAGAGAUAAAGAUAAAGAAAGAAGAAGCAAAGAUAAAUCGGAUAAUGGUAAAAAGGACGGUGACAAAGGUGAUAAAGAAAAGAGUGAAAAAAAAUCUAGUAAAGAAAAAAAGUCAGAAAAAGAAUCUAAGUCCGAAGAGAAGAAUAGAAAUACAUCAGAAAAUAGCGAAACCAAGGAGAAAACAGAGUCUGAAACCUAAACCUUAAUAAAUUACGGUCUAUAAAGAUUUAUU